UGAACUGUAACAGUUGAACAGGUAACUACCUAACUAAGGGGAAUCGGACAAAUAAUUGCUCGGGCGGUCUGUCUUCUUUUCUCUUCUCUUCUGCCAAUAAUCCCUUCUCCUGCAGUUAUUCUGGGAAACGCGGCUCAGCUGGCAACUAAAACCAACAGUGGCUGAACAUAGUCCACUCUUGUCUUGUCCCUUAUCCCUAACUUCUCUAUCUUGUCUCGUCAAAUUGCCGUUUCUCUCCUGGGUUCCACUGCGACCGGUCUGAGCGUUCCUCGACUCCUGCCAUCCGGCAACUUCCCCAAUCAGGUUGGCCGGCUGCUCCAUCGUGUCCAACGUAUCCAGCAGAAAUGUUCUUUGUUCCUGCGAGCGCUGCCGAUACUUGCUGCGUCCGGCGUGGGUUCCAGAAAGUCAAGCUUUCCCCGUAGCUGCAGUCAUGGACGACGCGUACUGCGACCGCAUACCUCGUCGUAGGUUCCGCUGGCAUUUCCUUCCCUCAAAAACGGGCGUCAGGGCAUCCUUCGCGGACUUCGUCAGGAUGCGAUCUCGCAAAGGCGUACUCAUGCUGUCCGCCGUGGGAUUUUUCGUUUCCCUGCUCCUUGCCCUUUCCUAUCUGACAGUCGGCGUACUGUCGAGUCCUCACGAUGGGCACACAUUCUUUGGGGGCAAGAAGGAUCCGAUGAGGCCGCCGCAGCAAAAAUAUCUAGAAGAAGCCGCAUCAUAUUCAAGCACAUUUAAAAAACUAAAAUCGACGUUGAAACGGAUUCACGUACCAGAGCACUACCACAACCCUCACGUCUUCGAUGAUCCCCGCGCGGAGGACCCGACCCUUCUGCCCAAGAUCUAUCACCCCUAUCCGGACUACGAGAGUUCCGAAUGGAAGCAGACGCACCGCGGAAAUUUCCAGCCAUGCAUGGGCCCGCGCGGUAUGUACCUGAAUGAGAGUCUGGAGGACAGAGUCGGAGUCUAUGUUGGAAUCCCGGAGGGCUUCCCUGCACCUGUAUUUGGUACGCACCAGACUAUCGGACUCGAUGGAGAGUUGUCCUACGACCGUUACACGAGAUACGGACCUUACGGAUUUGGUGAAGACGAGGAUGAUGUGAAGAACUGGAUCAAGCCGGCCCCCGUGGAUUGGAAUCGGACCGACUGGGGCUCUUUGCAGCGCCAGUGUGUCGAGCGCAAUGCUGCUCGCUAUGCCCAGUCGACCCAGGAGCAGAGAUCGGCCAAGGUGACGAUGCGACCGGAGCAUCGGACGGCGAUUCUGAUCCGGACGUAUACCAACAAGGAAUACUCCGAGGACGACAAACGCGUGCUUCGGGCCAUGAUCACGGAGCUAUCCUUGCAUUCAGGAGGCGAAUACGAGGUCUUCCUGCUGGUACAUGUAAAGGACGAUACCAUCCAGAUCAACAAGAAGGAAGUUUACGACCAGGUCGUCCGCGAGACCAUCCCCGAGGAGUUCUGGGGCAUCGCGAAGCUCUGGAAUAUCGAGACCGUGCGGGCUCCGUACCCGUAUCUCAAUCCUGCCGUGGUGAAUGUGCACCAGUCCCAGUGGUUACCCGUGUUGUGGUUCAUGAACGAGAACCCACAGUUCGACUAUUUCUGGAAUUGGGAGAUCGACACCCGUUACACCGGCCACCUCUACGAGUUCGCGGAGAAGGUUGCCGAGUUUGGGCGCAAUCAGCCUCGACGGGGUAUGUGGGAACGCAGUGAACGCUUCUAUAUCCCCGGCCUCCACGGCGACUACGAUAAUGAGUUCCGCAAGUACGUUGACCAGAGAGUCUAUCAAGCCAUUUGGGGUCCGAUGCCCGCGCACGAUGUCGAAAAUCCAACGGGACCUCAGCCGCCUGUCAAGGAUUACAGACGGGACAACUACAACUGGGGUGUUGGCGAGGAGGCUGAUUACAUCUCGUUCCUGCCCAUCUUCAAUCCCCAGAACACCCACUGGGUGCUGAGAGACGACGUGAUCGGUUAUGAAGGCAUCACGACUCCACGACGCGCGACCAUUGUGACGCAUUCCCGCCUCUCUCGAAGACUAUUGCAACAGAUGCAUCAGGAAAAUCUGUAUGGUCGCCACAUCGGCUCCGAGAUGUUCCCGCAAACGAUCGCUUUGCUGCAUGGCUACAAGGCGCUUUAUGCCCCCCACCCGAUCUGGUCGGACAAGCCGUGGAAGCUUGAGCGUCUGGACCGAUGGUUCAACUCUGGUAUUAACGGAAAGUCGGGUAACACCAUCGACAGUCCGUUCUCGUGGGGUCGUGAAGCACGUUUCGAGGACUUGUCCUGGUACUACCGGUGCAAUAUCCCUGGUCGAUUAUACUGGAACUUCCUAGGAUGGGAAAAGGACAACACAGGCGGCCCAGACGUAAGGACACCCCGGCCCCUCUCAGGAAACUCUCAUGGCCUUUUAACUGACCAUCUCCAGUAUGAACGCCGCUACGGACGACAUGUCUUGCCUUCAAUGCUUUUCCACCCGAUUAAGGAUGUACAGCCAAAUGCCGACAGCAUGAGCUACCGACUCCCGACUUAGCCAAUCCGGCUUUUCUUUUCUUCUAGACUUCGACUAUUAUCCCAUUUUUUUUGUUUUUUUCUUUUCUUUUCCGCAUUAUACCUUCUUGUACAUAUUAGGGGAGCAUGGGCUCGAUUGGGGUACACCAUACAUACCAUACCAUUAUUGCAUAUAUGCAUCUAUGUAUUAGCAUGUCAGAUUAGAUUUAGCUUCUUAAUGAGUCUCAAGACUAAUUCAAUGGAAGAGUCAUUGAAAACCGCAA